AUUCUGUUCCCGCAGCCUUACAGGCUAAAAGCCUUGUCCCAACUUACCACACGUUGAAGCAUCCCCUCAUUCACCUUUUCAUUCCUCUACCCUUCUCUCGCCCAUCUCCUCCCACCCUUUUCCCCCUUCACCCUCUGGGACGGCUGUGUUGUGGUGAUUCAUCUCGCUCCCCUUACCGUCAAUUCUCGACGACGCGCCCAGAUCAAAACAACUGUCGCAUGUGUUAUCUUUCACAGCCUUCUCUCUUCAGCUGUUUUUCACCCCAGCUUCACCAACUGCCACGCCUUGGCGAGCCUCGCCGCGCGCUUCUGCGAUAAAAAGCUCUUACCGCGACUUACCGAGCUCUUUUCCAUUCAUCUCAUCGAGCGCCUUUGCUAAACGUCAAUUUCAUCAAUUUCUGCAUCACCAAAACAGCUUUAGACGAUGACCCAGCCUCUGUGAGAGUCAUUGGCAACUCUACCUCCGCACAAAAGCCUUGUCGUGCCUUGUCGCCACAUAUAGCCUCGUCUUCGCACAAGUCCGAAUCUCACCCACCACCCACUUUACUCACCAUUUACCACACACACCAUGGCCACUGACGCCAACAUCAACAUAACCCCCGCGUCUCUUCGAGGCAGUCCUUCGGAUCGCAUCAUCAAACCUCGUCCCCGCAAGGAUUCACUUCAAUCCAUCUCGGGUUCAGACACCCAUCCUGGUCGGGUCGUCAAGCCUCGAGCUCGAAAGUCCCCGGGCUCUGGAGCUAAGCGGUCUGAGCCCGCAAAGCGUAAAUUCAUCUGCUCAUUUUCUCACUAUGGUUGUGAUGUGGCGCUGAGCUCCAAGAACGAAUGGAAGCGCCACGUUUCCAUCCAACAUCUACAGCUUGGCUUUUACCGGUGUGAUGUGGGUUCCUGCAACCCUGACUUGAACCCAAAUGUUCCAGGUCACAAAAGAGUCUACAAUGACUUUAACCGCAAGGACCUCUUUACGCAGCACCACCGACGCAUGCACAAGCCUGAGUCCGGCCCGGGUUCAGCUAACUUCCCGCCCAACGCUGGUGACCCUAAGGAUUGGAGAGCGUUUGAGGACAGUCUUGAAGAUGUGCGAAAUCGAUGCUGGGUAGAGAAGAGAAAGCCUCCCCAACGCAGCACUUGUGGUUUCUGCGGCAGAGUCUUCGAAGGUGAAGGCAGCUGGAAUGAACGUAUGGAGCACGUUGGUGGUCACUUCUCUCGAGACAUUGUCGAAGCCAAGGAAGAAAGAGAAGACGAAGAUCUUACGAACUGGGCUUUGGCUGAAGGCAUCAUCAAAGAUGCCGGCAACGGUCAUCACGUACUGAUUGAUCAACCGCCGACUGCCGGUGAACGUCCUUAUCUGACAAGAGAUCGAGACGUGACCAUGACUGACGCUCCGAGUUCUGAUGGCAUCUCACGCGACCCAGGACAGUCUCCUUCUCUGAGUGCUUCAUCCCGAAAGCCGGAUUCAGAGAGAGGCGACUACUAUCCCAGUCUCGAUAGCCCUCGUGAGGCUCGCCGCCUCAGCAACGCUUUGCCGAGCACUAAUGGUACUCCUCGAGCGCCAUCGGUGCCUCUGCUGCAGCCUGCUCCUGGUGGUCAGUCUGCCCCACCCACCGAUCCAGCCCUUACGGCAAUGGGCUCACCCACGUCUACCCAAGCACAGCUCCAACCACCACCAACCCCUCCAGAGCGCAAAGGAUACAACCUUGCACCACCUCCAUUGAAGGGCUCAAAAUCAGGUUCUGUCCCUCCUGAAGGGGAUGCCGGCAGUGGUGAUAGACUCGAGGAUCUCAUCAACCAGUUGAUCAAACCAAAAGGGCCCAAAACUCAUCGACGUCUUACAUGGAAAUGCGAUUGCGCUCUUGAGAUGUCAGUCGACCUUGAGGAAGCAGACCAACAAACCAUCCAAAAUCUACAAGAGAUCAGCAUUGUGUGUAGUAAGACAUCCAACCCGUACCUCAAAGCCUCCAAGACUGGAAAGUACCACGUUAUCGGUUGCGACGAACUAGCUAGCUACAUUUGGAAAAACACAAAACAGCCUGUUGAGCAGCAUGACCGACCAAAGGAAGUCGCUCCCACCUGAUUCUCCUAGUUUUGUUUGAUCGGAAUCAGAAAGCAGGGUACGAGUACCAGGAAUGAAGGAGGGCUUCGACGUUCACGCUCAAUGGAGGAUGAAAUUGUGACCGAGCCAAAUCAUACGUUCUACGAUAUUUUCUGUUACUAUCAUCGAAAGGCGCAAGCCAAAUGAGCUCCAUGAUGCACGGCUGUGAUAUCGAUGCUGCAUCGUUGGCCGUGUUGGAAGACCGAGCACAAAAGAUCAUUGCCUCGAGGCUGUUGAGAUUAUGACCACAGUUUUCAACGUGUAUGCUACUUGUAUGACAUGGAGCUGAGGAGAGCCUGUGUCAUUUUACCUCUAUUCGUACGGGGCAUCAAAAUAGCCAGACAAGCGUUGAUUUAUCGAAUACGAGUAUUGGUAUAUUGCCGGG